AUGGCUGCAGUGGUGGUCAACGACCAAGGCUUUCGGGAAAUUGUUCAGGGCGAACCAUUCCAGUAUGGCGACCUCGACUUGGAGAAUGAGGAGCUUCGGUUUCUUGUCCUACAGCGACGUCCCGCAGGGCACGUCCAGGAGGGACUAGACAGUCUGGUUAGCUGCACCAUUGAGACUCAACUGCUUGGUCACGCCGACCCAUUCAUCGCCGUGCGAAAUGCUCGAGGAUAUCGCCUGCUCGAGGAAUUGAUCCUCGUCGAUGGCAAAUGCCUGAUCAUCUCGGCCGCAUUGGAAAGGUUUCUUCGAUACUUCGAACCCCCCACCGACAAACCUGUGAGGCUCUGGAUUCGAUACAUUUGUGUCGACCAGCGGAAACCGGACGAGAUGGCUCGCUACUGGACCCGCGAAUUCCAGGAUAAGAUGUACGAGAAAGCGGAAUUGGUGGUGGACAUGCAACGUUUCCUGCGCGACCUGAUGGACCGAAAGGUGUUUGAAAGAGUCAUUGACUCCAGAUACAGGGAGUGGACCAAGGACUGGCAUGAAUUGCCGGAACAAUGGCCAUUGCCACGGCACCCAACUCAAGCUUAUCAGUACGUACCUCUAGACACUGUGGCUGACGAAACCCGCAUCAUCGUGGUCGAGCCAAAUGAGGACAAGGAGGGACCGUUGUUGCUCCAUCUGGCGCAUUGCCCGCUUGCCUCUGACGUGGUCUACCAUGCUCUAUCGUACACAUGGGGAGACUCGAAAGACAGUGUCCAAGUCACUGUGAACGGAGAAUUGAUGCACAUUCGAGAGAACCUGGACCGCGCCCUUCGCCGCGUGCGCCCGUCCUCGUCGCCGCGUGCUUGCGCUGUCUGGGCAGAUGCCAUAUGCAUCAAUCAGUCCGACGUGAAUGAAAAAAAUCAUCAGAUCCCUCGCAUAGCUGCUGUCUAUGAUCGUGCUGCGGUUGUCGUCUGUGACGUGGGCGAGGAGGACCAGUACAGCGAACUUGCCCAAGACUUUGUCAAGCACCUCCAAGAACCCGUCAUCCACAUGGACGCAGACUACGAGUACAUCAUCGGCAAACCAGAGCGAAUCAGUCCAGACGAAAUCCCCAAGCUUUGUGCGGCUUUAUAUCUGUUCUUGACUCGGCCUUAUUUUCGAAGAGCAUGGAUCCUUCAGGAGGUGGCCUUGUCUUCGAACCCGAUGAUUUCCUGUGGGUUGCGAAGCGGGACCACCUUUGAAGCACUCGAGACGGCGGCAGCCCAUCUGAGCGACAUGCUAUCACGAGAUCCAGACCUUGCUCAGAAAAUGAAGGAUUCUACACCUGGUUUGCGAAGCAUCGACCCGGCUCAGCUACUAUUCGUUCGCAAGCUCUUUUACUUUCGCCAUCUCCACAUGGGCAGAGCCCGCAACGGAUUCAUAAUGCACGACAUUAGAAACACAGCGCCCGGAUACCUCGAAUCUGCAAUCCUCGCCCGCGAUUUCGAAGCUGCUAUCCCACAUGACAAGCUGUUUGCGUUGUGGAAUGUUGCACGUGACAAGGCCGGUCUGGAAUUUAUCACCGACUACUCACGCCCCUACGAGGAGACUUACAUGGACUUUACCAAGGCAUGGUGUGCCCACAGCGGCAGUCUAGAUAUGAUUGGCGCCUCCGAGUUCACGAAUCCUGCCGAUCAUCGCGGGUUCUAUUCGAAGGUGUCCUCGUGGUGUCCGGACUGGAGCACGCCGUCCCUCUCGAGCUCCCUUAUCCGUCGUGAGACGUUUCGGCGGCUUCGGAUCUCCAUGCACGACGAUAUUGACGGCAGAGUCUACUGCGCCGACGGCGGCGUCCGUCAGGAGCCAGGCGAACCCAAAUACUUUGAAUUCGAAGACAACACGCUACACUGUGCUGGCGUCAUUCUGGACAAAGUGGACGGUGUUAUAGCCGGCAAAACCGGACAGCUUCCAGUAGAAGCGGCAGUUCCAGGACUGGUUGGUUUUUGCAAAGACUUUUUCGCCAAGAACAAUAUCACCCCCUACGACGAUGUCACACAGGCCUUGAUAGCAAUGGUACACGGAGACUGCGUUGCUUCCUGGCCGAAAGAAGAAGAAAGUCCUAAUAUACCCCAUGAUGAAGACUCUUGGACGGCGCCAUACACUUGCAUCCCGUUCAAGCCAAGGCUGAACCCCGACCAGCAUCCGAACCGGUCUCGACAUGUCCCCUGGUACGGAAGCAGUUACUCAUCCCAAGAAGCGUGGGACGUUGUACGCACCAUCAUGCGCGGCAGGCACCUCUUUGUCUCUGAAAAAGGCUAUCUGGGCUUGUUGCCGGACUACCUUGGCAAAGUUGAGGGGGACAGUGACCGUCCUGGUCAUUGCGGGCCCUUUCACCUGGCAAUCCUAGCGACAUGUUCCGUCCCGGUCAUACUGGGUGAGCAUCCGGAGAUCGAAGGUGCGUACAGGUUUCUGGGGACGUGUUUUGUGCAGGGCUGGAUGGAAGGGGAGAUCCUGCGGGAAGAGAUGGGCUGCAGUGAGCCGGCUGAGUUUUGGGAGGCCAUGACAGGCACCGAGAAACGCCGGAUUGUAUGAGAAUGGUAGAAUUUCAGGGCUCUUCUCAUUUGACAUGCAACAUAGCGG